UCACCCUGGGGGCAUCCUGCAGAACCUCUCCUCGGAAAUCCACGGGGAAAUGGCAAACAGGAUUGACGGGUUUCACACGCUCUUCGCUAGACAGAGCCGCUCAUUACCAUAACCGUCUGCAGCGACGGCGGCGCGGCGCCCCAGUCGCGGCGGCGGGACCUGCCGGGACCCUAGCCCGCCGCGCACCAGCGUCCACCGCCGACCGGGCCGCCGGGCCGGGCUCCGCGCGACUGUGCACCGGCGGCCGGGCUGGCGCCGAGCCCAGAGCGGACCAGCGGCGGCGCGAGCGCUCGGGCCGCCGCCUCCCGGCUGACCCCGCGAUCUGAGGCCAUCAGAGAUGACUCUGGUUCUGUCCAUGAAUAGAUUCUGCGAGCCCAUUGUCUCAGAAGGAGCUGCUGAAAUUGCUGGGUACCAGACACUAUGGGAGGCUGACAGCUACGGAGGCCCGAGUCCCCCUGGGCCAGCACAGGCUCCUCUGCAGGGAGACCGGGGAGCCGGUCCCCCACUGGCAGGAUCACAUUACAGGGGAAUUUCAAAUCCUAUAACAACAUCCAAGAUCACAUACUUUAAGAGGAAGUAUGUGGAAGAAGAGGAUUUUCACCCACCACUCAGCAGCUGUAGCCAUAAAACCAUCUCGAUUUUUGAGGAACGAGCCCAUAUCCUGUAUAUGUCCUUAGAAAAGCUCAAGUUUAUUGAUGAUCCUGAAGUGUACCUCCGACGGUCCGUCCUUAUCAACAACUUGAUGAAACGGAUCCACGGCGAGAUUAUCAUGCAGAAUAACUGGUGCUUUCCUGCCUGCUCUUUCAACGGCCCCUCUGCCCAAGAGUGGUUUCUGGCUCAAGACUGUCCUUACCGAAAACGACCGCGGAUGGCCAAAGAGGAGUGUGAAAAGUUUCACGCCUGCUGCUUUUACCAGGAAUGUGGUGGUCACUACCUAAACCUGCCCCUUUCUGUCCAUGCUAGUGUCGGAAGUGCCUCCACCACUGCCCCCUCUUCCUCCUCAACUUCCUCUUCCCCUCCCCCUCUGCCUUUACCGAGUUGUUCCCACCAGGUGGAUUUCAAUGUAGGCUGUGCAUCUGCUUACAAGGGUGAUGGUCAGGUACCCGCCAGCGAAAUCUUUGUCACUAAUGUCAGGUCACUAGGUGUUCAGGAAAAGGCCACAUUAAGUGAGGAGAAGGCAAAUAACGACACCAACAGGGAUGGUGGCCCAUUAAGCCAUGAACCUGUGGGAAAUGACCUUGCUUUUGAGUGCAAAGGCCAAUUUUAUGAUUAUUUUGAGACUGGAUAUAAUGACAAAAACAAUGUGAGUGAGUCUUGGAAAAAGUCCUUAAGGAAAAAGGAGCCUUCACCAAGUAACAAACCGUGCUGUGGCAAAGGGAGCAAACUAUGAGCCAUCUUUCCACCGAACCUCUGAAGCAUGCACAGCAUGACCAAUUAGCUCUCAUAGAUUUUAUUUUGAAUGGAUUUUAUAGUUUUGUACAACUGAUAAAAUUAUGCCAUGAACACGCCGUGUCGUUUUAAUGCCUGGAGAGCAGAUUGCGUAAAACCUCUGUAGAGUAGGCAUCAGCGAGCUACUUCUCAAUGUGGUGAUGUUACCAAGAACACAGUUGACUCGAUGCUUAAAAGUAAACCUUAGUUUUCUCACAGAAAAGGUCCAGUAGAUUAGACUGGGGGACAGUGUGCCCUUGUGACCUUUCCAUGACCCCCCCCCCAAGGAGCCUGUCACUAGCUAAGAAACGGCAACACGUUCGCCAAUCAAUUAGGUAGUUGUUUGGUCAGCAAACCAACAUAACCAGCAAAGGAUGUCUGCUGCUUCUAUGUGAUACAGUAUUUUUUUUCUGAAUGAAAGACUGAAGACAGGGAGCUAGAUGAAGUGGCUUCACCGUGCCGUUAAGGAGAUGUCUUUAACAGUCUUGCAUGACAGACGAAAAUAGGAUGUAACAUAAUGAAACACCUGUCUAGGGGUGGCAAUCAACAAUAUGUGGAGAAGGGUAAUCCCUGCGAGUUCCUGGCUUGCCUGCGAUGCGUGAUCAGGCAGUUAGAGAGGUGUUAUACAGGGCGAUUUUUGGUGCCUUACUUUAUCUUAAUUUUUGCCAAUGUGAAAAUUAAGGAUAAAUCAGAGUUACAGCAGGGAUUUAACAAACAGGAAAAAAAUACACAGGGUGGAUCAAUAUUGUUUGGAAACCGUUAACUUCGAAACUAUUGUGUUUAACUUUUGAUUCAACAUCUCUAUUCUUCCUUUGUUUUUUGAUGCCCAAUUGCUUUUGGAUUUGGCAUUUUUAGAAAGGGGUGGGGGAAACAAUAGAGCUGUUAGAAACCAGCACUAAGCUGCUUGAGCUUUUCUAUGGCAACGGGUCUGUUGCUGGGGUUUGGGUUUUUUGGGUUUUGGGUUGUUUUGUUUUGUUUUGUUUCCUUGUCCAAUGAAGUUCAUGAACCGGUGGCAUGCAUUAUACUUUAAUCUGUUUUGCAUCAUUUCACUCGUUUAGAUUAUAAAAGCAUGUGGUUUUUUAUAUAUGACUUUUGCUGUUGAUUAAGAAGCACAAUGUUAAUAAAUGAUGUGGUGAUCAAUAAGGUUUUAUCUUAAAGAAUGUAAAGACUUUAGGUUUUGGAAAGUUAUUUUGGAGAAAUGGGACUCAGUUGGCAAUAGCUACCAUGUAUUUGGGCCACAGUUUUCUCAAUGAUUUAUUUAAUUUGUACAUUUGAAGAGUGUUCAGAGUGCCCCUCUGACCGUCCGUCCUCCUACGCCAGCCUACUCCUCCUGCUAAACUGUAUUCCAGUUUCCAAGAUUGCUAAUUGACUUGGGCCUCCUUAAACAGUACUUCACAGGAACCAAAUGCCAAAUGGAGGAGAUAAGUAAGUCCUCCCAGUUUCUCCAAGAUAAAAGCUUUUUUAUUAUUGCUAUUAAUAUUAAAUAUAGGUCUCAUUCAUACAGUGUAUGAGUAGGAUCAUCAUUUGGACAAUGUCCACAAGGACCAAUUUUUAAAACAUGUUCUUGUGUUAUGGCUAAUAGUCUAGUAAUGUUUUGUCCUUUAUUUUCAAUAUUUGAUAAACAUUUGAUGUUGAAAACUUAGAUGAUAGAUGCUUGUAUAUGAAUGUGUUGUAAUAAAGUGAGGUUUUCUUGAUAUAUAUUUAUUAAAAUGAUCAAAAUGCAUUAAGAGUUCCUAAUUUUCAUGAUCAUCGGCAAUGUUUCUGUUUUCCGUUGCUCUUUCUCCUUUAAAAAACUCAAGAUGUCUAGUGGGCAGUGGCCACACGGGAGUAUUCAAAAUGAAAGACUUCUUUCAAGAGGUCAACCUGACAGGUGUUUUAGAAUGGUCCUAGUUUGUGAGUUAGAUUUCUGUUAAUUAAGAGGCCAAUGUUAAUAAAUGAUGUGGUUGGUCAUCAA